AGCGGCGUGCAGCUAACAUAUGAUUAGACACCUUGCUGUCGACGAUCGCGUGAGAUAUACGUAUAUCGUACUUUCACCACGCAUAAACUUACAUUAUGUGGCCCAUCCCAUUUCUCGCCAUGUCUCCCCUACGCUACGCCAUGGCUGGGACAUGGGCAUCGUCUAGUACGAUCGAUGUUUUAACUGCUCGCCAGCCCAUUUCCGACUUGGUAGAGGAACUGGCCUCACUACCGCGUGGUCGCUUCUGAUUCUAACACCAGAAUUCCACGGCACAGGUUGGUGUACUCUUGGCAUGGUGCUUCCUAUUGCGCCCAUUCUCUUUCACGGAAUCGAGCCAGGCCAUUGGAUCAUUUGCGACGCUACACCAGCCGACGGCCACGUCGACGCCAUCGUGCACGCCACGGCCAUACGCACCACACCCCCACUCACCACCGACCGCCAAUCGGCAACAAGUUGCAUUCCAAUGGCCUGCGCGGAUCGAUGCCACCGCGGCGGCAGGCGCCAACGCCCAUCCGCAAGUCGAUGGCCACGUCAGCCCUUGGAAGGCAGGGCCAUCACAUCUGUGACCACCCUGCAGUACGUCAGGAUCACGGCACCCGACAUCAAUUGAACACGCGUCGGUCUUGCGGUCGGGCGCAUGCAGCGAGGAUGGGAUGACAAUGUCGGCACGGCUUCGAUGUGGUUGAUGUUGUGACUUGUAUGCCGCCCGACCCUUCCCGUCCAAUUUUGAACGGAGGUCAAAGGCGAGCAAAGCAAGCUAUCCGUUGCCGUUGUGGAUCACAGCGGCGCGCAGCUAACAUAUGCUUAGACACCAUGAUGUCGACGAUCGCGUGAGAGAUACGUACAUCGUACUUUGACCACGCAUCCUCUUACCGUAUCUGGCCCAUGUUCCCGGUUCGCCAUUCCUUACCCACGCUGAGUCAUGGUUGGGAUGUGGGCAUCGUGUAAGACGAUCUCUUUUCUGGAACCUUUUUGGGUGUGAAAAACCCUGCUUACUGGAAGCCUGGAGAUAUCCAGCGAUUGG